UGAAGAAGGACCGGAGCGAUUUGGCGGUGGUUGAGAUGGAGGUGAAAGAGUAUUCAAAUGGUGCCCAAAUCAGAUGCCGAGGAAACGCCGGUGGCAGUGGUCACUGUCGACCCGUCGUCGGAAGCUGCCAGACAACUAUAUGUCGGUAACAUCCCUCGCACAACAAACAAUGAUGAACUCCAAAAGGUUUUUGAAGAACAUGGUGUCGUUGAGAAAGUUGAGGUAGAUUCAAUCUGGUCAAUGCAUGGUGGUCAGAUUCUUUUCCAAUUGCUCAAUCGGCUAUGCGUAUUGAACCCUAACCCUCCUUCUUUCGGUUCAUUUUCUUCCUCUUUUUUUUAUGUAAAUAAAUAUGGCUUAAAAUUUGUGCUUUCAUAUGUUUUUUGUAGGAUUCAAAGAAUUGUCUCUACCAUCUACUACUUUUAUCUACCGUUUUCAACAGAUAUCAGUGAAGCAAGAGGACAUAUGAGCUUUUAAAUGUUCUUGAGUUCAACAGUGCAAGUAAAAGAAUGUCUGUUAUUGGUCAUGAGGAAUUCGGGAACCAUCUUUUACUCUGUAAAGGUGCUGAUAGGAACCAAUUUGAAGAAAAUGCAAAAGAACAUGUGAAUGAGAAGAUUUGUCACCCUAAUUUUAAGGGUUUGGCACCCUAUUUAAAGAACAUAACACCUCUUUGUGGCCUCCCUCAACAUCUCCUAUUGUCCAGAAAACUCUAAUCAGUGAGCUUGAGCUUGUUUGAGUGUGUGAGCCAUUUUUGAGUGUUUUGGUGUGAUUUGAAGCUUGUGAGAAGAAGAAGAAGCUAGAGGACUCCAAGAGAAGGUUGUAGAUCCAGAAGUAACAUCUCAUUCCCUCCACUUUCUGGUAAUCAAGCCUCUAACUUGCUUAGUAGUUUCUUAGAUCUUUUUAUCUUCACUUUAUGUAGCUUUUGGCCCAAGAAACAUGAACCUUGGGACAUGGACGUCCCAAGUGGGUUUACCAUUAGAUUUGGAAGUAUUGAG